AAGAGCUAUUAUUCAAAGAAUAAUCCUUGGGACAGAAGGGGACAGGAAGUGCUGUGUUACUCUGGCAUCAGAAUCAAGAAUUGAGCCAGUUAUCUCAGCAGUUCAAAUUCUUUAGAGGAAUUAAAGCGGACAAGCUGGAUAUGACAAUGGAAUACAAGACAUUUUGGCUACUAGCUGUUGCUCUGUGUUUAUGUUCUGUCUGCUCACAAAAUGGAGGACAUCCACCAUAUGCCUGCCAAUGCCUAAUGGAUGUCAAAGAGAGAGAGAGAUGUCAUUCCACUUCCAUAGACAUCACUGCAGAGGAAUGCACAGCAAAUGGAUGCUGCUUUGAUGCAACCGUGCCUGAUGCCCCGUGGUGCUUCAGACCCUCUGGAGAAAGAGCUUCACUCCGCUAUGCAAAGAAAAUGAUUGAACCGCAAGCAAGAAUCGACUGCGGCUAUCCCGGGAUCACAAGCAAGAGGUGCAAACGAAUUGGAUGCUGCUUUGAUCCAAAGACUUCUAGCACGCCAGGGUGUUUUCACCCCCAAGUAAACAAUGUUUCCCAGCAUUGUGUAAUGGACUGGAGUGCAAGGCAGGAUUGUGGAUACCCAGGCAUCACUGCUGAGGAAUGUCAAGCAAAAGGAUGUUGCUUCAAUUCCUAUGUCGUUAGUAGUCGCUGGUGCUUUCACCCUCUUUCUGAUGCAGGAACUGCCAGGCUGUGUGGAAUGGCACCAAAGAAAAGAGUGCAAUGUGGGCAUCCUGGUAUCUCUGCUGAUGAAUGUUUGGAGAAAGGAUGCUGCUAUGAACGUUACCAAUAUGCCAAACAAGUCCCGUGGUGCUUCGAACCUUCAGCAAAGCAAGGAAACGAAGUCAGAUUCUGUCAAUAUGACUGCACCAGUUACUGUACCAAGGACAAUUGCUCAGUUAAGCUGUUUAUGCUCGUUUUGCAAGUCAAAGAAAGUUGCUCCAUGUUUCUCCAUUUGGGCUUGCCAGCCUGCCCUCUGCCCAGGCUGACAUCAACCAAUCAGAUGUCGCCUUCUGCCUGGGAAUGCCUCCGCAACGAGGAUGGAGGGAGGUUAGAUGGUGGAAGGACCAUGUUUGCCUCACUCCAUCCUGAAAAGUCAGGGUUCCGAGGUUUGUAUGGUACCAUGGAGAAAAUGGGUAUCUGUGUUCUCUCACUCAUUUUAAUUUUAGGAAUCAGCACACUGCUUGAAGGGAUGUCACUUCCACCGGACUGCCAAUGUGAUGCAGAACCCAAAAAUAGAACAAACUGUGGGCCUCCUGGAAUCUCUCCCCAGGAAUGCGUUAAAAAUGGAUGCUGCUUCGAUUCACAAGUCCCAGGAGUUCCCUGGUGCUUUACUGGAGUAAGACAUGUAUGUCCCAAAAAAGUGAGUGACAGAGUCAACUGUGGAUACCCAGCGAUCCCUAAAGAUACAUGUGAGAAGAGAGGUUGCUGUUUUCGGGCUAGCCCACCUGGUGUUCCAUGGUGUUUCUUUAAGGUCAAGGUGGAAACAGGUCAACAACGUAACUGUAACGUACCUCCUCGGAGAAGAAGAGAGUGUGGAUGGGCAGGGAUUUCUAGACAACAGUGUGUGUCAAGGGGGUGUUGUUUUAACAACUCUAUCCGUGGUGUUAAAUGGUGUUUCAAUCCCCAGGUGAAGCAAUUCCUCUUUUUUGGCAAUGUGCAAGUUGCCACGCCAAUCCCUGAUGGCGUGGGCCCAGCACCAAAUAAACAGAAAAUUGUAGAUGUGAAAAUAUACAUCCGGCCUGCACUGGUCGUCCUGCAACAGAGAACGUAUCAGUUGGGUCUCAGCAGUCUGGCUAAUGGGUUUCGUCUUCAAAUAUACCCAGGACAAUGUGAAGUGAUACCAGUAAGCAGAAUAAACUGUGGAUACCCAUACAUCAGUGCUGAGGAAUGCUACAACAGAGGAUGCUGUUUUGAUUCGAGUAUUGCUGACACCAUCUGGUGCUUUUUUCCUGGAGAUGAAUAUGGGUCAGCCACACUGCAGUUUAUGUACAUUCACUAA